ACGCAACAAACUUGCAUUCAGACGUUGAUUUUAUCAGCGUUUCAAAAGCAAAGCGGCAAAUCGCGUUUAUAAGCGUUUGCAUUUGAAUUUAUUUUUAACUCUUCCAGUUCCCAAUGCAGUCCAGAGCCUUAUUCAUCAUGAAAAAUGGAUGCAAAGAGUUUUCAAGGUACUCAGAUGGACAAAAACAAUGAACAGGAUGUUCCUACUGAGCUUGUCACACAUUGUAAUGACCAAUUCACACCUCAGACCUCUCCCACCCUUGGAAACAAAAGAUAUGUUAAUGCCCAUUUACACCUCAAAUUCAGCAUG